UAUUGGACAGUUUCUUUUGUAUAUUAUAUGACUUUAUAAACUCCAACAACAAUGUGCUUCUAUUUUUUGUUUCAGGCUAAAUCUACCCAAGACGUUGGCUGUCAGACUGAUUUAGUAAUCUGCAAAAAUGCACUUGUCCAGGCUCAUGUAAAGCCUUAUCGACGUAGCAAAGCCACACAGUUUAGAGCUCCCAGCCGCAGUGUGUCUUGUGACACAGGGACCGUGACGGAAAUUCAUCUUCCACAAAGUCCCAGAGCUGCGUCCACACCCCUGAAAAGACCACGAUAUGAGGUGUCUGUUGUUGAUCCCAGCUUCCACCUCAAUGACAGUGCAAGCUCAGUGAACUGUUCAAGCUCUUUCACUGAGGUCCAUCCACAAAAGGACAAGAAGUACAUUGUUCAUGAGAAACAGUUGCUGGGGCUGUUCAGAAGGUGUCCCGUUUGUACCGGUCGUUGUGUUGUGAACACGACAACAGUCGGCACACUGCUCCGUGUGACACAACGGUGUUCAUGCUGUGAGCACUACAAUGAAUGGUCCAGUCAGCCCAUGGUGAACAGCAUCCCAGCAGGAAACCUCCAGCUCUGUGCUGCUGUCCUUUUCACAGGCUCAUCAUUUAGCCAGAUUUCUAAGUUCCUGGGUGCCUUCAAUGUGCAGGGACUGUCCAAGCAGUCAUUCUGUCGGCAUCAGGCAAAGCUGUUAAUUCCAACAGUGAGCUGGCAGUGGCAGCUAGAGCAAGCUGAUAUCAUCCAGGAGGCUACUGAAUCUGGACCUGUGACUCUUGGUGGUGACAUGCGAGCUGAUUCACCUGGACACUCAGCCAAAUAUGGCAGCUACACCAUGAUGGAUUUCAAAAGAAACAAAGUUAUUGAUAUCCAACUUGUACAGAGCAAUGAAGUUGGGAAUAGUGUGCGAAUGGAGAAGGAGGGAUUUGUGAGAAGUCUGAGCACACUUUUGGAGAGGGGGGUCGAUGUGCAGCAAGUCGUGACUGACCGCCACACAGGAGUGCAGAAGUAUUUGAGGGAGGAAAAAAAGGAAAUCAGUCACUACUUUGACCCCUGGCACAUGGGAAAAGGAAUUGGUAAGAAAAUCGAAGAGCUGGGGAAGAGAAAGACGACCCAGGAUGUGAGACUGUGGAAGCAAAGUGUGGUGAACCACCUCUACUGGUCAGCAUCCAGUUCCUCCUCAGGACAGGAGGCAGUUGCAAAGUGGACUUCAGUUGCCAACCACAUCCAAAAUGUGCACAGCCAUGACAACGCCCUGUUCCCUAGCUGUCUGCAUGCACCUCUGGAUGGAGAACAGGCAAGACAGUGGCUCAAACCAAGCACAGCAUCAUGUGAGAAGCUCCACGGUUUGUGAAGGACGUAGAGAAGAUAAGCCCUCAGUACCACACAUCCACCUUGGAGGCUUUCCACAGUCUCAUCGUCAGAUUUACUCCAAAAAGUCAAGUCUUCUCCUUCAAAGGAAUGCUGUCUAGAUUACAAAUUGCUGCAAUGCACUAUAAUGAAAAUGCAGCACGCUCACAUGCAGCAACAGCAACUGGUGAGCUGAGAUAUGCUGUAGUGUACCCAAAGUACAAACGUGGAGACUACACAGUGAGAGCCCUGAAGACCAAUCCAACCUCAUUAUAUGUGCACAAGCUUAUGGACCUGCUGUUCGACUCUGUGGUGGUGGAUCCUCUCCCAUAUCAGGAGUACUCGGACAAAAUUACGGUUCCAGAACCGCUCUGUGCCCAGUUCCAAAGACCAGAUAAACGGGAUGCUGUGAGCAGGCACAGGUCCAGGUUUUAAAGUGCACGUCAGGUGAGCUACACAGGAGAUUGUAAUUAUUAGUUAGUACUCUACUCUGUGUGGUUUCUCCUUUUCUCCUCCUCAGCCAGGCUGCACACCACUGUACGACAGAGGAGUUACCUGUCGUCAUUAUGGAUCUUUAUGCUCAUCCACUCGUGACUCAUGCUGUCCACCUCCCAGAUGUCUAUUGAUCUCUACAACCUUUCUGCUCUGUGGCUCCCAUACAACUUGAAAAUCUUGGCCAGCCUCCUGAUCUUGUAACAGAAAAACCUGUGCUCCCGGGAUCCAUCUCCACGUUUGUCAUCACAGUGAAAGCUACCUCCAGUCUAAGGAACCUAUGAAACAUCACUGUUGGCCCAACCUCUCCUCACAUGGCUCCAGAAUCUCUGCUUGUGGUUUAGAGUUUUGUCAAAAAUCUUGAAAGUUAUGAUCAGAUUGUUAUCUAACAUUGUCUUAGUAGUAGCUAUAAUAAAUGUUAUCUUUAAAGCGCAAUUGUGUCUUUUUAAAUACAAUUAUAUUGAUAUUUUGAUGUGUAUAAAUACAUAUAUCACAUUUAUUAUCAUUCAUUUUUACCUAAUUGAACCUGCUCUAGAAUAGACUUCAUUAAUCACACAGGGUGUAAACUCACUUGUUACAGCAGCAUUAAUUAACCCCGAAUUAGAACCUUACUGUUGUAAGAGCUCAUUUGAAAGUAUGUGGCUAUAUGUGUGUAUAUAUAAAUAAUGUCAAAGUGUAAAGAAGUGCAUUUACCGUUUUGUGAUUUAUGCAGCUUUUUAUGGACAGGAAUCAAUACAGGAAAUAUAUAUUAUAACAUUUAUUUAAUCAAAAAAAUAUAUAUUAGUUCAGAGGAGGGAGGAAUCCUUUGUAUGCACCGUCUUCUGGGAACUCCUGCCUUAU